GGUUUACCUGAAGCCUCAGCCCAUUUUGGGUGCCCAUGGGGCUGACCAUCCGCCCCAUCCGCCCCAUCCGCCCCAUCCGCCCACGGGCUGUCAGCGGUUGCCGAAGCUUUGCGGUGGAGCUGUGGAACAAACCAGGCCCCAGGACGAACCCGAAGAGAGCAGCAGAUCGGAUCCGUGACGCAGUGCCACUGCGAAUGGGUUUGCCACGAACUGAUUGGCCCCAGGAUGUGAUGAUCAUUGGCAUUUGCCCCAAGGAUGGUGGCGGAAUCGUGAAGUUUCGCUGGCAUACCCUGCAUCGAUUCGUAGUCACCAAAGAGUUCAUGAUUCCACGUGGCCUUCCGGGCGAGGUGGUGACAGUGGCCUUCGGGAAAGUGACACAAAAGAGGUGGCCCUUGGGGGAUAUCGAUGUUUACGUGAAUCCAACGGUGAAGAAGGUGAAACCCAGCGCCUAUGAAGUACGUCCCGCGUGUCCUCACUACAAUUCCUGUGGUGGUUGUGACUUCUUGGAUUUGACUUAUGGCCGGCAGCUGAUUGAGAAGAGGCGCUGGAUUGAACGAGCACUGAACGGGAGCAAAGUGCCACUGGAAAGUCUCAAGAGGAUCCGACCUUCCACCCCUCAGCAGCGUUACGCCUUACGCGCUGAGUGGCGCUUUCGGGAAGAUGACGGGGAGGUGUUGAUCGGUCCUCCCGGAGCGCCCGAAGAACGUCCACCCGGCGAGCCCCUUUACGGAUGUGUUUUGGCCCCCAAGGCGGCCAUCAGAACGUUGAGCAUUUGUGUCGAUAGCUUCAUGCAGCUCAGAGAACUCCGCAGGAGAAGAAGCUACAGCAUCUUCAACGACGUUCACAGUUGGGGCACCUUCCGAAGCCUUGUGGCGCUCACGGGCCGUGGACUUCCGCAAGACGGGAAGCGACGCACAGAGGUGCUGCUGAAUAUCGUGCUGGGAAAUGACAACGAAGAUGUCCAGGGUGUACUGCAACCAUUGGCAGAUGCCGUGGUUGAAGCCGCACCCAGCAGCUUGGUGGGCAUCGUGGCCAACAUGGCACGCUCCAAGCGGACCAUCAUGGGAGGAAGGCGGGAAUACUUGUUGUAUGGUCGGCGCUAUGUCCGCCAAGCCUUCCAGAUGCCUUUGGGCCUCAUGAAGGAGAUGCAUAGCUUUGUUCUUGAAAUGGGUGCUGGCUCGCGGAUCGCAGCUCAUGCUGGGAUUCUGCGAGAAUUAUCUGAAACAGUCAUCGACAUGUGCGAUUUGAGUGAUACAGAUGUGCUUUGGCAUUGCUUCUGCAGUGGUGGUGAACUCAGCUUGGCACCAGGCCGACUCUGUCAACACGUGGUGGCGAUUGGAACCUCAGCCACUGAGGUGGGAGAGUUGAAACGGAAUCUGGCGGCCAAUGAGGUGACGAACACCACUGCAGUGUUGUGUAAUCUGCAGAGUCCUUUCACAUUGAAGAAGCUUUCAUUUCAUAUCUCUCAGUCCCAGCAAAAGCGGCUCCUUUUGGGUGAUGGAAGAGAGCAGGAUAAAGCUCGUGACUACGCCUUAACCUGCUUUGUCCCUGGAGAAAGUCGCCGACGGCUGAUCCAGAGACUGACAGCAGCACCAUUUAACGCACCACUGUUGAGAGAGGAUGCCUUGGCUCAUCAGGAACUGCGGGCACUUCUUCCUGCUUUUGUCAAUGAGUUUUGCACAAACUUGACCACCUUGCCUGUGCCAGUCAAAGGUGCAGCGGAGGAAGAGAAAACGCGUGAGGUGACACCGGAAAUGGAAAACCGUUUGAAGCGUCUCUACAGGAGGUUGGCCAUGAAAUACCACCCUGACAGGAACCCCAACGAUCCUGAAGCAUCUGACAGAUUCCAAGCUUUGACGAGAGCAUACAAGGCCCUAGUUGGGGACACCGCUGGCCCAGAAGAAGGCGAUGAAGAUGCAAAAGAUCCGUUCCAGGUUGCACAUGAGAGCAGUUACAGAAUCAAGGCCAAGCAUUUCUGGCGUUAUGAGGGAAAGGUUCAACAGGGCUCCAGGAACAAGAAGCAGCCUGAUGCUGAAGAUAGCUCUGAAGAAGAGAUGGAUGACACAGAUGCCAAGGUGGCUGAAGCUUUUGGCCUUCCUGAUGAAGAGAAGUAUAAGAAGAAGGGAGCCAAGCCUGCCAGGGAUGAUGAUGACUGGGAUGAUGAGUCAAAUUUUGAAGUCGAACUGGAGAUUGAUGAGGGCUGGGCCAAAGGUCCAGCUAGUGGAACGAGUUCUGAGCGUCGCCAGCGCAACAGCGAGAGGUCUCGAGCCCAGAAUGAGUCCAUGGAAGUAUCGCUGAAGGAUGGUGACACUCGUUUAACCCAAGCUGGCACCGACAUUGCAGCUCCGACCCUGCAACCUCCAGAUGUGGUUCUGGUAUGCCAGCCUCGCAACCGGAAGAAAGGUAAAGGAACCCCUCGAUACUUCCAAAGUUGGUUGCGAUGCACUGCCGCUCGCACCAUUGUAUAUGUCUCCGUGGAUGCUGAGGCUUUCCAAGCAGAUGCUGCUGGCUUGAGAGAUUUGGGCUACCAUGUGACCAAAGUACAGCCUUUCGAUCCGGAACCGCAUCGCAAAGGCGUGUUGCUGGUGGCCAAGUUUGAGCUCAUUCGACCACUGGAAGGGUUGGAGGAGUACAGGGAACACACUGAUGUGUUGCUUCCAGGCGCCCCAGAUUUGUUGCCGCCCCGAACACCUGUGCCAUUGAUCGUCAGCCAAAGUCACCGGGCCAUUCCACCGCAUAGCUGAC